UCGCGGAAAUAAAACAGUGCUUCAUCGGAUCCGCUCGUAUAAGAUAGAUAAAGUUGUCGAUAAUAUUGUGAUUGAUAACCAAAACCCCCUCUCCCACCCCUUACAUUAUUCAACCUAAAUCUUAUUUUAUUUGUUAACCAUUCGUUCGUUCUUAGUUUCGAUCUACUAUUACCUAUCUCUUUCACAGCAAGACUAAAAACCUAUCCGUAGAAGACUCCCGACAACACACGUUUUUGACCACGUUUACUAUAUGUCCGUUUGCGUCGUUAAAAAAAGAAAAGGACCGUUGAGGAGAGGGGUAGGAAGAAAGAAAGAAAGAGGUAGAUAGAGAAUAGGAGAGGAAUACGUGGGUCCGUGUUACGUAGUGGACAUAAUAAACCGAGUCGAGCGUGGGUGUCUUUUUGCUUCUCAGGAUUACGUAAUCUCGUCUCUUUCUUCUGCUUACGUCAGUAAUCUCGAAAAUCGCAACACGAAGAAGAAGAAGAAGAAGAAGAAGAAGAGGAGGAGGUGGAGGAACAAGAGGAAGAGGAAGAUGGACGAAGAAGAUCUUCCGUUUUGUAUUUACCGAUUCGAUCUUUGGAUGAUAAAUCGUCAAAAACAAAUGAUCGAAUUUAUUAUGCCACGUGAUAAAUUCAUUUGGAAAAAUACAUCUUGAUGUAUUUAUAGAAUUAUUAUAUUAUAUACAUAUAUAUUUGAAAAAGUUGACAUAUCUCGAUGCUAAUGGCUAUCAUCGCGAUCAUCUAAAAUCUAAGACUGAGUUCUUCGUUAAGCCAGAAAUUGAACUUGGAAAGGUAGCAUCAAAUGUUAAUAGAAACGAUCUUGUGCCAAUAAAAUGAUUUCGCGGAGUGUUGAACCGAUUUGAUGAUCGUUGUGUAAUAACUCAUCGUAUAUAAAGGAUUAUUAUUGAGAAAUCUCCCUUUUGUAUCUUUGAUCUUUAUCGAAGUAAGAGAUCGGUUAGAUAAGAUAUAUUUUAACGAUCAUCGAAUGGCAUGUACGAGUAGAGUAAUCGAGUAGAGUAAUCGAAUCGAGAACAUUUCAAGUAAAGGAGGAAAAAAUGGGGUUACUUUUGUCGGUGCUCGUUGGUUGCGUUGGAGUCCUUGAAUUGUUAACGUGUCUUAAUCGAGCAUCCGAUCGUUCGAUUAUUCGGAUCGAUCCGCCGACAACUUGUUUGUCUUAUCACGAUCGUCCUAAAGGUGGAUUUACCGCUCACGAUUCCCUCUGCGGUAUCGGUCAUUCGAAAGAUCUCGAUUUAUCUUCUGGCGCCAAAUAUAAGUUGGAAAACCUUCAUGAAUACAGUUUGAGAAUAAGAAGUGAAAUUCGAUCGAUAGAUCCAACUUUUGACGCCAAUACACUUUCCGAUUGCAGUACUGCCGAUCUUCUUACUAAAUCCGAAUCGAAAUUAUUUGAUCCCGAUUUCGAACGUCUCUUUCACGAGGUCAACGAACGUACAGAGGUUACUGCAGCUACGUUUGCCGAACAAUCGGAAGGAUACUUUAAUGUACCGACACCUAUUUCUAACUUUACAUCUACUGAACUAUUGAACAACGAAUCUGAGAUAUUUUUUGACGAAAAUCUUUUGGAAAAACGAAUAACUACGAAAUCAUUUGAUGUAUCACCGAUUAGAGAUACAGCGAGGUACGAAGAGAAUUCUUCUUCAUCCGGUAACGAAUCAGAUGACGAAGAUGCGUCGAUUUUAAGGAGACCCAUUCUAAAGUCGAAAUCACCGGACGUUUCUACGAAAUCGGAUUACAUUGACUUGGCAGAAAGUGAAAUAGAAGUUGACAAACAUCAGCAGUCAUUGAAGAAAUCUAAAAUCAAGCAAUCAACUUCUACUAUCGUACGAAAAGCAACGAGAUUGAAAUCUAAGAACACCGAGAUCAGUAAAUCCGCGGAAAAUCUUAGUACAAAGAGAUCAAAGAGAUUACGCGAACCUGAGAGACGUAAAUCAGACAUAUCUGUUCAAACGGUACGCGAUCUUUUAAAAGACGAAUGGACAAACACGUCACCUCCUGGUAGCCCGAGUCUAUCUAGAUCGGAAAGCAAGAGAAGUGUUUCUGUAGAAGUACAAACGAGUUUUGAUGAGAAAUCAUUUGUCGAGGAACUCGAAACGGAGGAAUUCCAAGUGGAGAAUCAUCCUGUUUUAGGUUUGUCAGAAAGCAAACGAGACUAUGAUUCUCGUGAGAAACGUGCUAAGAGUUCUUUUAAACGUAGAAGAUUUAAAUCAACGUCUACCGAAACUACGAGUACAGAGGAUUGUCCUGAUAGUCAUGUCGCAGAACGUGCCAUAACUUCUGUAGAAAAAUCUUAUAAGCAGGAUCAAUCGAGUUCCUUGAAAAUCUCCACUUUCGAGGAUGCUAGAAGAGACGAUUACGAGAGGGUCAGGGAUAUCAUUUUAGAGUCAGAGUCAACAACCCAAAAGGAUGAUAGGGGGAGAGGGAAUAAGGAAAAAACAAUUUUAUUCGUCAAGUCGAUGUCCUCUUUCGAGGACGACGAGGAAUACGUCAGCGCGGAAGACGUGAGUUCAACCCACGGAAAAGGACACAUUGAAUACACCACACCUGACACCGAUCGGAACAAAGCUUUCUGGUUGAUUUUCAGUGGCGAGUAUACGAAGGCGAUGAACAAGGACUGGCACAGCGGGCAUUUUUGUUGCUGGCAGUGCGACGAAUCCUUGACAGGACAACGUUACGUUCUCAGGGACGAACAUCCUUACUGCAUCAAGUGUUACGAGAGCGUUUUCGCCAAUGGCUGCGAGGAAUGUAACAAAAUCAUUGGUAUUGACUCGAAGGAUCUUUCGUAUAAGGACAAGCACUGGCACGAGGCUUGUUUCCUUUGCAACAGGUGCAGAGUAUCCUUGGUGGACAAACAAUUUGGAAGCAAGGUGGAUAAAAUUUAUUGCGGCAACUGUUACGACGCUCAAUUUGCUAGCCGUUGCGAUGGAUGCGGUGAAAUCUUCCGUGCUGGCACGAAGAAGAUGGAAUACAAAACCAGGCAAUGGCACGAGAAAUGUUUCUGUUGCGUAGUUUGCAAGAAUCCGAUCGGUACGAAAAGUUUCAUCCCUAGGGAACAAGAAAUUUAUUGUGCCGGUUGUUACGAGGACAAGUUUGCCACUCGAUGCGUCAAAUGUAACAAGAUAAUCACCAGUGGCGGAGUGACAUACAAGAACGAACCCUGGCACAGGGAUUGCUUUACUUGCAGCAACUGCAAUAAUUCGCUGGCAGGCCAACGAUUUACGUCGCGCGAUGACAAACCUUACUGCGCUGAUUGCUUCGGCGAACUUUUCGCCAAGAGAUGUACCGCUUGUUCCAAACCAAUCACCGGAAUUGGAGGUACUCGUUUCAUUUCGUUCGAGGACAGACACUGGCACAACGAAUGCUUCAUCUGCGCUGGUUGCAAAACUUCCUUGGUCGGCCGUGGCUUCAUCACCGACGGCGACGACAUUAUCUGUCCUGAGUGUGCCAAGGCGAAGCUAAUGUAACGAGGAAAAGGUUUGGACGGUGGGAGAAAGGAUGGGGAGAAGGUGGAGCAAGCAAAAGAAAGAAAAAGAAAGAAAGAGAACGGAAAGGGUGUAGAGUGGUAGUAGAGGAGUGACAGAGAAAGAAAGAAAGAAAGAAAGAAAGAAAGAAAGAAAAAGAGAGAGGGAGAGAAAGGUUGAACGAAAGAGGUGGCAUCUCGAUAAAUCGAAAGCAACGAACUUUUUAACAACUAUUAGGUCAAUAAGCAUGAAAACGUUCGAUUACUCCGAAUCAUUUCAUUUCGAGAUAAGACAUUUCAUGUUUAAUGGCUUGAUAUAAUAUCCUUCCUAUGAUUUUCACAAAUUUCCUUAUAUAACACUUCCCCUUCCUCCCUUGUCCCACAUCAACCUCUCCUCGCUCGAUCAUAAACGAUCCUAAUUGAUUCUAAAUGAUCCUACCUCGAAGAGAUAGAUUCUUUUGCUUUUUAACUUGUGCUUUUUUUUUUUUUU